AUGGAUGCCUUCGAAGGUUCAAAGGGAUAUAUGACUAUUUGGAUACUCUUUUCGCAAUCUUCUACAACCAUUAUCAUCAUGCACAUGUUUUCAGCUUCUUCACACCUAAUUAUGUUAUUGUUUUUAUCCAUUUCCUGGGCUUACAAGAGACGCAAGAUGUAUACCCUUGAAAAUUCAAAAUCAGUGUUGAAGAAUACAUACUUUUCAUACUAUUGGUCUGCCCUUAUAUCUUGCAUGGGUCUAUCUUUCUGUGAUAUUAUCAUAUGCCUUUUAAACUAUCUCUCUGGAUACAUACAUGGUUGGUCUGAUCUAAAGUAUGUUGCCCAAUUGGAUUUUUCAUUCAGAACACUCACAUGGUUUGUGAUCUCUGUUUACUUGCACAUCGAGUUUUCUCAUUCAAGUGACCGCAAGUUUUCCAUUCUACUAAGGAUUUGGUGGGCCUUCUACUUCAUAAUGUCUUGUUCAUAUCUUAUUAUAUAUUUUGGUAUAUAUUGCAAGCAAUUGUCCUUACCAUUCCUACUAUGGGUCUCCAAUGUUGUAUCCAUUAUUUUCGGUCUGUUCUUUUGUUACGCUGGGUUGUUCGCAAAGGGGAGACUAGACGAAGAUCUUCAUCUUUUGGAUUCUCUUUUAAAAAUGAGUUCAAGUCAAAAAAAUGAUGAUGGCGAACAAGGACCAAGUGUCAAUAGAGAGAGUGUAACUCCUUAUGCAAAUGCCAAUCUUUUUAGUAUUUUUACUUUCUCUUGGAUAGGCCCUUUACUUGCACUCGGGUAUGAAAAAACACUGGACCUUGAAGAUGUUCCUCAACUUGCUAGUUAUGAUUGUGCCAAUGUGACAUUUACUUGCUUUAGAAAUAAACUUGAAUCUAAUUAUAAUGGCAGUGGUGAUGGUGGUCAAGUAUGCAAACUCAAGCUAAUGAAGGCAUUGAUUCUCUUAACAUGGAAGGAAAUUCUAAUGACAGCUCUAUUCUCAAUUGUAUGCAUAUUGGCUUCUUAUGUUGGACCAUACCUUAUUGACUCAUUUGUUAAGUAUCUUAAUAGCUCUCACCAACUAAAGUAUAAGGGUUAUGUUCUAGUGUUUAUUUUCUUUCUUUCAAAGCUCAUAAGAUACCUCUCAGAGAGGCACUUGUUCUUUCAAUUGCGAAAGAUGGCAAAUAGGGUUCGUGUUGCCUUAUUCACAAUAAUCUACAAAAAGGGUCUCAGACUUUCAAGCCAAUCAAAGCAAGGCCACACCAGUGGGGAGAAUAUUAAUUUGUUGAGUGUUGAUGUUGAGAGGAUUGGAGUUUUCAGUUGGUACUUACAUGAUAUAUGGAGGGUGCCUGUUCAGAUUGUUCUAGCAUUGUUAAUCUUAUAUAAGAGCCUUGGGCUCGCUUCACUAAUAGCUUUUGCUGCCACAAUGAUUUUGAUGUUAGCAAAUAUUCCACUGGGAAUACUACAAGAGAAAGUCCAGGGGGGAUUGAUGGAUUCAAAGGAUCGAAGGAUGAAGAUGACAUCUGAAGCUCUAAGGAAUAUGAGAAUUCUCAAGCUCCAGGGUUGGGAGAUGAAAUUCUUAGAUAAGAUAAUAGGACUCAGAAACUUUGAAACAAGAUGGUUAAAAAAGUUACUUUAUACAUCAGCCAUGGCUUCCUUUGUUUACUUAUGUGCUCCUUUGUUUGUAUCAAUGGUAACUUUUGGGUUUUGUGUGCUUAUGCGAAUUCCGCUAGAGUCCGGGAAGAUUUUAUCUGCACUUUCAACAUUUGAGAUAUUGCAAGGGCCCAUUUAUAGUUUGCCAGACACAAUAUCCAUGGUAGUUCAAAUUAAAGUUUCCCUCGAUAGGAUAGCCUCAUUUCUUUGUCUCGAUGAUCUUCAUCCAGAUAUUGUACAAAAGCUUCCAAGAGAUAGUACAGAGGUAACAAUUGAGAUAGUCAAGGGGAAUUUCUCUUGGGACCUUCACACCCCUAAUUUCACAUUAAAAGAUCUUAAUUUUCGAGUGUACCAUGGUAUGAGAGUGGCUGUUUGUGGUUCAGUUGGGUCAGGCAAGUCAAGCCUACUUUCAUGCAUAUUGGGAGAAUUGCCGAAGGUAUCUGGACACAUUAAGUUGAAUGGAACAAAGGCCUAUGUUGCACAAUCACCUUGGAUACAAAGUGGUAAGAUAGUAGACAAUAUAUUGUUUGGUAAAGGGAUGAACAAGGAAAGAUACGAGAUGAUACUUGAAGCAUGUUCACUAAAGAAGGACCUAGAAUUGUGUGCCUAUGGGGACCAAACUAUCAUUGGAGAGAGGGGGAUCAACUUGAGUGGUGGGCAGAAACAAAGAAUACAGAUUGCACGUGCUUUGUACCAUGAUGCUGAUAUUUAUUUACUUGAUGAUCCUUUUAGCGCAGUGGAUGCUCACACAGGAACUCAUCUAUUUAAGGAAUGUUUGCUGAGAAUUUUGCGCUCAAAAACAGUAAUUUAUAUUACUCACCAAGUAGAGUUUCUUGCUUCUGCUGAUCUUAUCCUGGUUAUGAGAGAUGGAAGGAUUACUCAAGCAGGAAAAUAUGAAGAAAUUCUUAGUUCAGGGAUUGACUUUAUGGAGUUAGUGGGUGCACAUAAGAAAGCUUUGGAAGAUCUUAAUUCUAUUAAACAUGGAGCUUCUUUGGAUAAUUUAAUUAAUGGUAAGGAAGACAAUAAUAUAUUGUGUGAUGAAAAACCUACUCAAGAUGAGGAGGAAAGUGAAGCAAAAAACUACAAACGAGAAAAUUUGGUUGUACCAGAAGGGCAGCUUGUCCAAGAAGAAAAGAGGGAAAAGGGUAGAGUUAGUUUUUUUGUAUACUGGAAGUAUCUUACCAUUGCAUAUAAAGGGGCAUUUGUACCGUUGAUAUUAUUGGCACAAGUUAUUUUUCAGCUUCUCCUAAUAGUUAGUAGUUAUUGGAUGGUGUUGUCUACUCCAAUUUCAGAGGAUGUGAAACCUCAUGUUAGAGAAUCCACUCUCAUCUUUGUUUAUAUUGCUUUGACCCUUGGAAGCUCUCUUUGUGUACUUAUAAGGUCCAUGCUCAUUGUAACUGCUGGAUACAAAACAGCCACGCUGCUCUUCAACAAAAUGCAUUUAUGCAUUUUCCGUGCUCCCAUGUCAUUCUUUGAUUCUACUCCAAGUGGAAGGAUUCUAAAUCGGGCAUCCAUAGAUCAAAGUGUUGUUGAUACCGCUAUUCCACAUAAAAUUGAAGAACUUCUUAUCUCAGUUAUAGAAUUCUUGGGAACUAUUGCAGUAAUGUCACAGGUUGCAUGGCAAAUGUUAAUAGUUUUUAUUCCGAUGACUAUAACAUGCAUCUGGUAUCAGCAAUAUUACAUAUCUUCUGCACGAGAACUAUCACGACUGAGUGGAGUAUGUCAAGCUCCAGUUAUACAACAUUUUGCUGAAUCUAUUUCAGGUUCAACUACAAUCAGGUGCUUCGAUCAAGAAGAGAGGUUUAUUGACACAAACUUCAAGUUGGUGGAUGGGUAUAUUCGGCCCAAAUUUCAUUUCUCUGGGGCAAUAGAGUGGUUAUGCUUCCGCAUGGAUAUAUUGGCAUCCAUCACUUAUGCCGUCUUUUUGGUUUUCUUGAUCUCAGUGCCGAAGGGAGUAAUCGCUCCUGGUGUUGUUGGUUUAGCAGUCACAUACGGGCUUGGUUUCAGUAUAUAUGGGGUCGUAUGGGAUCUUUGUGGUCUUGGGAACAAAAUCAUAUCCAUUGAGAGAAUAUUACAAUAUGCUUGCAUCCCUAGUGAAUCCCCUUUGUUGGUAGAAGAAAAUAGGCCAGGUCAAGAAUGGCCAUCACAAGGAAAAAUUGAUAUUGUAGAUCUACAGGUCCGGUAUGCCACACAUUUGCCUCUUGUCUUGCGAGAUUUCACAUGUACUUUUCCUGAAGGAAUGAAGAUCGGCAUUGUUGGGCGAACUGGAAGUGGCAAAUCAACUCUCCUACAAGUUCUCUUUCGCAUGCUUGAACCUACAAAUGGCCAAAUUUUGAUAGAUGGUAUCAACAUCUCCAAGAUAGGCCUGCAUGACUUGCGGACAAGAUUGAGCAUCAUCCCGCAAGACCCGACAAUGUUUGAGGGGACUCUAAGAAGUAAUCUUGACCCACUUGAGGAGUACACUGAUGAACAGAUUUGGGAGGCUUUAGAUAAAUGUCAGCUUGGUGAUGAAGUUAGAAAGAAGGAAGGGAAACUUAAUUCUAUUGUGACUGAGAAUGGAGAGAAUUGGAGCAUUGGUCAAAGACAAUUAGUCUGUUUAGGACGAGUGUUACUCAAGAAGAGCAAAGUGAUAGUACUCGAUGAAGCUACUGCAUCAGUUGAUACUGCUACUGACUAUCUAAUCCAGCAAACGCUUAGGCAACACUUCUUAGGGUCUACUGUCAUCACAAUCGCACAUAGGAUAACGUCAAUUCUUAAUAUCGAUAUGGUCCUCGUCCUUGAUAAUGGCCGUGUACUGGAAUAUGAUUCUCCAAAAAAAUUGCUAGAGAUCAAGUCCUCAUCAUUUGCAAGGCUUGUUAAGGAGUAUAUCCAAAGAUGUAAUUUCUAGUUUUUGAAAGACUAAAUAAAUGACUU